CCCCCCUGCGGAGAAUCGAACUGAGAGAACUGAACAAACCGCCCCUGGGUCCCAUGAGGGAAAAAAACCCCGGAGCCGCAGAGAGGGGAAGAGGCCGAAACUGCAGGACCUUCCAGGUCGCCCCGUUGGUCCCCGCACCCCCGGGCCGCCAGCUCCCUGUCGUCGAGUCUCGCUAAUCCUUGCUGAUCGCGAUCCCCCCAAGAGGGAGAAACGGGUGUUUCCAACCCCUUUCAUGGGGGAGAGGAGGCCGGGGGGGAGCCCAGGAACAGCGACCGCAGCAAGAUCUGCACCCAGAGCCUCAGGAACAGCCCCCGAGGCCAAAACUGCGCCCCGUGAAAGAGCAGAAACAGGACCGGGAACAGCAGAGACCUCCCUGCGAUCAUCUUUCCAUUAGUCAAUGCUGAUUUCCUCUCCCGCAACCAGGAAUUCACCUCCCGCCCCAGAUAACCUAAUAUAAUCUAUAUAUAUAAAUAUAUAAUAUAUAAUGUUCUUAAAUUAUUCCUGAUUUUUUUUAACCAAGCUGCCAAGAAAAGAACGUAUUCUCCUCUUAGCCCUAUUCUAAUUUUUAUGUGAGUGAAUCUAAACUGCUGAGGAAGACCAUAUGUGAUUGUUAAAUUAUAUAUAUAUAUAUUUUUACUCCGCGCAAGGCUUAUUCUUCUACAUCCAUAGAUGCUUGAGAAGCUGUGUUUUUGUCAUUCAUGUACAUUUUCCUUUGGAAAAAGAAAGCGCCUAUUUUACUAACCAAAGACUUGAGUUUUGCCCUCUUCGUUUUUAUUCCCUCCUAGAAACAAGCCCAGUCGGAUUCAUGUCCAUGUGUUAAGAGACUUUUUUUUUUUUUUUAGUUUUUUUUUUCCUUUCAGAGACCAGAAUUCCAAAUCAGAACUAUUUCGAGUGAUAAGCUGCGAUCUUUGAGCUAGCUAUAUAAAUAAGACACUGCAAACAGACGACUUAAAUUUCGGGUGGAGGACGCAAAGACGCGGGACACCGGGUUGCCCUUUUUUAUCGUAAGCUUCUGAUCCUAAAAGUGAUAAAUGGGGGAUUACGGGUUUGGAGUGCUAGUGCAAAGCAAUACUGGGAAUAAAUCUGCUUUUCCAGUCAGAUUCCAUCCACAUCUGCAGCCUCCACACCAUCACCAAAAUGCCACCCCCAGCCCUGCUGCUUUUAUAAAUAAUAACACAGCUGCCAAUGGCAGCAGUGCGGGGUCAGCUUGGCUCUUUCCCGCUCCAGCUACCCAUAACAUUCAGGAUGAGAUAUUGGGGUCAGAAAAAGCAAAAAGUCAGCAACAGGAACAGCAGGACCCUUUAGAAAAGCAGCAGCUCUCCCCCAGUCCAGGUCAGGAAGCCGGAAUACUGCCUGAAACCGAGAAGACCAAGUCGGAAGAAAAUCAAGGGGACAAUUCUUCGGAAAACGGCAACGGGAAGGAGAAAAUAAGAAUCGAAUCGCCAGUGUUGACAGGGUUUGAUUAUCAAGAAGCCACGGGGCUGGGGACUUCGACCCAACCCUUGACGUCUAGUGCAUCGUCCCUUACUGGUUUCAGUAACUGGUCGGCAGCGAUAGCACCUUCUUCCUCUACAAUCAUCAACGAAGAUGCAAGUUUCUUUCACCAGGGAGGGGUCCCGGCUGCUUCGGCCAAUAACGGUGCUCUGUUGUUCCAGAAUUUCCCCCAUCACGUCAGCCCUGGCUUUGGAGGCAGCUUCUCCCCUCAGAUCGGGCCUCUGUCACAGCACCACCCUCAUCACCCUCAUUUCCAGCAUCAUCACAGCCAGCAUCAGCAGCAGAGGAGGUCUCCCGCCAGUCCCCAUCCCCCGCCUUUCACACAUAGAAAUGCUGCUUUUAACCAGCUGCCUCAUUUGGCGAAUAAUCUUAACAAGCCCCCCUCUCCGUGGAGCAGCUACCAGAGCCCCUCUCCUACACCAUCUUCUUCGUGGAGCCCGGGAGGUGGUGGAUAUGGUGGCUGGGGAGGUUCCCAAGGCCGAGAUCACCGCAGAGGGCUGAAUGGAGGAAUAACGCCCCUGAACUCCAUCUCGCCUUUGAAGAAAAAUUUUGCAAGCAAUCAUAUUCAGCUGCAGAAGUACGCUCGCCCCAGCUCUGCCUUUGCUCCUAAAUCCUGGAUGGAAGAUAGCUUGAACAGGGCUGACAACAUUUUUCCUUUUCCGGAUCGCCCCAGGACAUUUGACAUGCACUCCCUGGAGAGUUCCCUCAUUGACAUUAUGAGAGCUGAAAAUGAUUCCAUUAAAGGUCGUCUAAACUAUUCAUAUCCAGGAUCCGAUAGCUCUCUGCUUAUUAAUGGUCAGUCUUCACUGUUUCCAAUGGAAGAUGGAUUCUUGGAUGAUGGCCGUGGGGAUCAACCUCUUCAUAGUGGCCUGGGUUCACCUCACUGCUUCACUCACCAGAAUGGAGAGAGAGUGGAACGAUACUCUCGCAAGGUGUUCGUGGGCGGAUUACCUCCUGACAUCGAUGAAGAUGAGAUCACAGCUAGUUUUCGUCGCUUUGGCCCUUUGAUUGUGGAUUGGCCUCAUAAAGCAGAGAGCAAAUCCUAUUUUCCUCCUAAAGGCUAUGCAUUCCUGCUUUUUCAAGAUGAAAGCUCUGUUCAGGCUCUGAUUGAUGCAUGUAUUGAAGAAGAUGGAAAGCUCUACCUGUGUGUGUCCAGUCCCACUAUCAAAGAUAAGCCAGUGCAGAUUCGGCCUUGGAAUCUCAGUGACAGUGACUUUGUGAUGGAUGGUUCACAGCCUCUUGACCCACGAAAAACUAUAUUUGUUGGUGGUGUUCCUCGACCAUUACGAGCUGUGGAGCUUGCCAUGAUAAUGGAUCGUCUGUAUGGAGGUGUGUGCUAUGCGGGGAUUGAUACCGACCCUGAGCUGAAAUACCCUAAAGGAGCUGGGCGAGUCGCAUUCUCUAAUCAACAGAGUUACAUAGCUGCUAUCAGUGCCCGCUUUGUUCAGCUGCAGCAUGGAGAGAUAGAUAAACGGGUGGAAGUUAAGCCAUAUGUCUUGGAUGAUCAGCUGUGUGAUGAAUGUCAGGGGGCCCGUUGUGGUGGAAAAUUUGCUCCAUUUUUCUGUGCUAACGUUACCUGUCUGCAGUAUUACUGUGAAUAUUGCUGGGCUGCUAUUCAUUCUCGUGCUGGCAGGGAGUUCCACAAGCCCCUGGUGAAGGAAGGCGGUGACCGUCCGCGACAUAUUUCAUUCCGCUGGAACUAAAGGGUAACUACAGUGCUCAUUUUCAGGCCUCAGAAUAAGUGCACUCUUCUGUUAAUUCUGACCCCUUCCUCGCCCUCUUCACGCUGGCAUGUCCUUUUGUAGCAGCCCGUAACUUAACAAUAGUGUAACAAAAAGAAUGACCUAUAAUAUAGGCGUUUUGUAGAUUCUCGUGUCACUGAAAACAGUACGUACGAACUCCUUUUUCGUAUUGCCAUCGUGUUGCACGGAAGUUUUAUUCUCUUGUUUUGCUGGAGACCAAGAGGAUCCAAAACUUCCUGUAACAUUUUCUUAGAGGAGAAAGAGAAAUAUUAAAAGAGAAAUGAAACAAUAGAGUAUUUUGGGUUUUUAAUUAAAUUAUUGUUAAUAAUAUAACAUAUAAGAAUACUUUUAUUAAAAUUAACCAUGCAACAGUAACACUAUCAGUCUGUCCUGACACAGUUUUUCCCCCAGAGAAGUGCUUUUGCCUUUUCCUUUCUUUCUUUUUUGCCUCUCUUUUUUGCCCCCCCCCCCCCCCCACCGUUUUAUUCAUUUACAGCAGUGGAGGAAGUUAACAAUUAUUAACAGGAAAGAGCAUGUUAAAGCAAACACAAAUGCAUGAGCAAGAUCGAAGCAGCAUUAGAACAAACUGUAAGGGUUUCGAGGCCGAGUAGAAUUUCAUGACGCCUCCGAGUUACUACCACAGCAGAAAAAAAAAAAAAAAAAAAUAGUAAAGUAGGCAGAGCUAGGUUUAUUUUCUUUUCAACCAUUUAAAAACCUUUAGAAUGUAAAAAUUGGGUAAAUGUACUACUGAGGGGAGUGCACUUAUUUAUUUUUAAACUUCCUCGUCUGGUCACGGCCCCAGGAAACCUACCAAAGCUAGAAUUAAUGACAACUGGUGGGAAAACUAGCAUUUCCUCCCCCCGAAGAACAAAUGUAUAAAUUUUAUUUUUGAUGUUAUAUAUAAACUCUAUAUCCUAAUUUAGUAAACACUCAUCAGGUGUCAGCCUUUGCUCUCCAUUUUGACGUUAAAAAACAAAACAGAACAGAACGGAUCUAGAGAUACCUCAAGGACAUCAGUUUUGAUUUUGCGUUAACAGUACAGUUGUAGCCCAAACUGGGAAACAAAACCAAUAUACAAAUUGGCUGCCGAUUGGCUUACUUUUAGAUUUAAAGUUGCUUUGGGUAUCCUGUAAUUUAGUUGUAACAUAGACAACGGAAAAAAAAAAAGUUAAAAAAAAAAAAAGUUAAGUAGUUGCAGAGUGUUUUGCACUGUUGAACUAAGUAACUGUGUAAAUCUGUGCAAAGGUACGUAUGUUUAUCUUACUCUUCCUAUAAAAUAAAAAUAACAUUACCGUUUCAGAACUUAGCAUGGGACAUAGUCAGUGUUUGAAGUGCCAACUUCAUCAAGUAAUGCAUGCUUUAUUAUACAUAAAAUUCUAGCUUCGAAAGGCGUUAUUAUGUGUUGAACAGUACGCUUCAGGGGUAAAUUUAAAAUAGUCUCUUGAAGCCCUGGUCAUGGAAGUAACUUUUAUUUUAAUUGACAUUCUCUUAUCAAAUGCCCUACCCACCACCAAAAGGAUUAUUACCGGUGUGCAAAACAUUAACAAAAAUCCUGCUAGUUGUGCUACCUAACAGUACCGUCUUGGAUCCUUCAAAACCAAAGACUUGCCCCAGCACUACGGUGGAACCACCUGGCUGAUGACCCCUGCUGAUUAUCGUUAGGAAAAGCAGUCCUUUAUUUUUAGCACAGGCUUUAACGAACUGCAUACCUGUUAAGUUCCAAAGGUCAAAAUGGAGGCAUAUGCUGUCUAAUGGUCAGACAUAGAAAGGGAGCUGCUUUUAAAGAAUUCCCUGCAAAUACGGAAAGCAGUCAUGCGAAUGGAGGGUGCUCUUGUGUAGCUGGUCAGGGACUUUUUUUUCUUUUCUCCUGAACUACAUGAUUCUAACCGAAACGUUCAUUUGCCUCUUUUUAUUCUUUUCGAUGCUUGUAGGUGGCUUGGGGUGUGCUAUUGUACUGUUCCUACUCAGUAAACAGGUGUGAUGAGUUAACAAGAAAUAACACUGUUUGAGAACUAGCUUUGAAUAAUAAUUUUUCCCUUUGUACAUGACCUGCUGAAUUUCGGUACAGUGUUUUUGUAGCUAACUUAUUUUGUCAUGCACAUAAUGUAUAUUUGUUAUGCACUACUUUUGUAUAUCUUGUUUUUCCAACAGUGAACAUUUUUAGGCACACUUUUCACUGACGGGAUAUCUCUUUAUGCAAUACCUCAAUUUUUCAUAUUGCAAAGAGUAGCUUUUUGUACUUUUAUUACUGAGAGAUCUUCAUAUACUUCAUUUUUUAAUAUAAAUAAUUUUAAUAAAUUUUAUUUUCUUAUAUUCUGCUUUUUAUACAUUUCAGUGCUCUGCAUACAUUUUAAAUUAUGAAUGUUGUGCACUGGCAAUGCUAUUUUAGAGUCUGCAGAGAAGAGAAAGCAUGUUGCUUAAACAUCCUUCCCCAGCACCAGCUAUUGGUGCACCUAUAAUUUAAGAAAUAGUCUAUGUAAAGUCACAAAUUAAUGAAAAAAAUUCGCAUGAAAAUGACAGAUAACACGGUAGUUCCUAAAAAGACAAAAAAUUAAACGCAUAAGCAUAGGGUAGAAAUUUAAAAUAACAAAAUUGUCUACAGCUUCUUACUAAGUUUUUAAAAUUAUUCACAACGCAGACAUUCUUGGUGAAUGUUUAGCCAUUUUUAAUAUUAAUAAAUUGAUGUUAAGUGUUUGAUUCAGAGAUGUCUGCUCUUUUAAUUAUAUAUAAAGAAAAAAAAAUAGCCUGCCGUGGGACAGGUGUGUAAUGUUAGUAUGCAUGACUAAUGUAAGAAAUUGUUAUUCUACUAAUAUUUACUUGUGAUUGUGUGACAAGCGUGUUUACAGAUUAUUUGGUUACACUUCAAUUUACAGGGCAUAAACAAUUAUUAUCUAUUACUCUGAACGUUAUUGAUUACAUGUCCUUCAGAUUACACGGGAUUGUAGUUGGGAGUUACCAUGUAACUCAAAACGUAAUUAACAUGGAAUUAGUUUACAGAUUUUAGGGUAUCACUUCAAUUUACCAAGCAUGUAGUUCUAGCACACUAGCAUGGCACCAGCCAUGUACUUACAAUGUAGUUACAGAGUAAUUACAUGGUUAUUUUUGCAAUGUAAAAUAAAGUGUUUCUGAUUAUUUUCUAUGUAAAGGAACCCUCUCUCCCUUCCCCUUCUGGUCCCCACGCUUUGGUAUAAUAUAUAUACUUCUCCAUACACAGACCUCUGCAGAAUGCAAAAUAAAACUUGCAGUGAACGAAUUUAGCAUUUUAUGAGAGUGCUGUUGGAAAGACUUGAUAAUUCACCCCUUUUGUUUUGAAGAGUUGAAUCUUCUGUUAAAAGGUGAUUUAAAACUUGAAUGUGAUGAAUUGUGGCAAGUUAACUUCAAGUUAUGUGCAAUACUUAUUUCAAACUUUUGAAAGAUCUUUGCAGUGUAAUUCUUUGUUUUUAAUUGCAGACAUUUAAAAAUGUCAUUUUCUACUGUUAAGAGUAAUCCUCUUUCUUGCUGGUGUUUCUAAAGAAAAGAAUCAGAAAUCAAUCUUUCUACUAAUGUAAAUUUGAGAUUAUUUUUAAAAAUGGAAUAAAAGAGGUUUUGGUCAUUUGCUUUAUUUUAUUAUCUUAUUUUAAAGCUACUGUGAUUGAUAGCAUUGUAAGAAUUGGGACAAUAUUGUAUUCAACUGUUUUAUUUUUUAUAUUUUUAAAAUUUAAAGUAUAAUUAGUUUUUAUAAUUUUCAUCAGAUUUUUGUUAUAUUUUUUGGAAGUGAAACUUUUAGCAAGUGGGUGUCUAGUUUUUACUAAUCCCUAAUGUUUUUUUUUUUUUUUCCAGUGUAUUGCUCAUAUUAUCAGAAGGAAAAGUUAUUUAAGUAUGUCAGUUAAUUGUACUACUUGGCUGAAUUUCCAUAUAGUUUUUACUGUGUAUGGGGAGGUUGUAGUAUUUAUUAUAGCAUUUUAAAUAAGGGUAAUUCAUUUUUUAUUAAAGUCAUUUUCACGUUAAGUUCCUAUUUUUGUAUGUUCUACUCUUAAGUUAUAUAACACAGUUCCUUUUUUAAAAGAGUUCAUUUGUUGAAGUGCUAGUGGAAAAUUAAUGUUAUUAAAUAGUUUGCAAAUGACUAUUUAUACCAGUAUGCAUAUAAUUUUUAAAUAUUUGUAAUGUGAGAUGUUGAAUGAAUAAAACUUUUAACUCAGCUUUCUUUUUAAUAUACUUAUUUAUUUGCAACAUGAGUAGGUUAUGCUUCCAUGAUCAGGAAUGAAACCUUUAAAAAAAUAUUAGGUGUAUAUCUCGGGCCAAGGCAGAACAUACUGAUACGAAAAGAUGUCCAGCCAUAUAGGGACCAGUCGCAAGUAUGCGUUGCUUGUGUAAGUUUGUAAAUAUCUGUGGGUUGUUGUCUUUGAUCUGUACUAUUAGUUCACACGUUGCCCUGCAGAGUCCUUUUUUUUUCCCUUUCUUUUCUUUUCUUUUCUUUCUUUCUUUCUUUUUUUUUUUUUUUAAAUAGCCUCCCGUGCGUAUGGGAGGCCUCGGCCAGGAUUCGAGCAUUCAGUCACCUGCUGAAGGCCAAUGUCCAAUAAAAGUAAGGAAAGGUCAGUAUGUGGGGGGUUUGAUUUGUGGUCUUUGCUAAUGAAGAGCCUUGAUUUUUGGCCACCAUACAAGAGGAUCUUGGUUAAUAAGUCUGGACUUUCAAACCCCUAGUUUUUCCCUGGAUCCUAACAUCACAGGAUAUGGCCUCUGGGAUAAUAAUCUCUGUAGCAUGUGAAUUCAAAGUACGAUCUCUGACUCGAUUCGUUAAUCACGUGGACUACCGAGCACCACAAUGUAUUCGUGUUUACAUUUUACACCACAUCUUCAAACUUUUAACUUCAGGACUUAUUAUGGCAUGAAGCAUAACACAGAGAAUGUUCUGUCUUGUCAAAUUUAAUUUCUGUUCUUUCUCACCUCGAGGAUAGUAGUCUUAAGACGAGAAGAAGCCGUUCUCGUCCUGAGACAAAUGGACUGUAGAGGUCUUUUGCAUCUAACUUGUCUUUCCAACCUGUAGCUCUUCCAGCUGUAGGGGAGCCUGAGGGGCCUUAGCCUGAAGGGCUAAGCAGCGCUUAGAUAUUCCCCCGGGAAUACUGGGUCACUCAAGCUUUGGCUGACAAUAGCGGGAAAACUUAUGUUCCCAGUUCAGUGAAGGGCCCCUGAGGAAGCCCCAGGGGACAUUGGAGAUGUGGGUGGUGUUUGGUUGCCACUUCGACAACAUCCCUGGGCGUUCUGGGUUGGUUUAGGCACUUAAAGUAGGGGCAAAAAAAAAAAAAAAAAAAAGACAUAAGUAGAUUCCGGGGUUUUUUUUGGUUUUUGUUUUAUUUUUGUUUUAUUUAUUUAAUUUUUUUUAGAAAUAUUUAUGUUAGGCAAGUGCACAUCAACUGUAAGUGAUAUAACAAUUAAAUCUGAAAAUAAUAUGUAGGUGCAACACGUGGGUGUUUUAAAUCACAGAACGGUGAAUCUAUAGCGUGUGAGAGGCUAUUUGGGCUGCAUUUUCUUAUUCACUGGUAGUUCACCCAAAUUCACCCAAAAAGGAAAGUCCUCUACCCCAUUCUUCACCAUCCUUAACAAUCAAGUUGUUUCAUAACCUCUUUUGGUAAUGGCUUUGUAUCCACACCCAGUUCAAAAGGAAAAUGAUUUUUUUAUGGAUUUCUUUCUUAAAGUUGGAUAAAUACCCCCUUAAAGUCUGAUCGAAAGUCAUGGGGAAAGUAAAUUCCUGAUUUUAGAAAUUAAGGAACUGUGGAGAUGUCAAUGAUACAAAAGAGUAAUUCUUUUCUGAAGUAUGGAAUGGCAGAAUAAUAAACAAGGAACUCCAUAUUUAUUUCCCAAAUCGGGAUCUUCAAAACAGUAAGGUAAUCCUUUCUAUAAGAAACAGACAAAAAAAAUGUGAAGUUCGGUCAUUAAAUAAACAUAGAAAAUAAGGCACCCUGUUUCGUGGAAAAUCAAAUCGUGCAAUUAGCUUGCUGAGGCUUUGAGAGGUUGGACAAUGAAGAAACCCAUUUUACUUUGUUUGAAAGUGCCUCCCCCCCACCACCAAAUUUCUUUGCCUACAGUCUCUGUUUACAGAUAACACAGGGCCCCAUGGGACAUACUUGGGAUCUAUUGCUCUCCAUUUUAGUAUGUAUACUAGUAUCAGGAAGUCAAAGAACCUUACUGUUUUUUGUUCUGGAACGUCUCUUGGUCCUGUCCCUCCUUAGUUAUUCCCAAGGCUGGUAACCAUUGUCCACGUUAACUUUACGGGGCUUCGAAGUCAUUGCCUAGCUUCUAACCCCUGCACCGUUUCCGGUUUAGCUUCUUAAUUCCCCUCCCUCUACUCCCAGUUCCAGAAGAGAGAAGUUUCUUUGCAGAAUGGACCGUCAUACCUUAGGAAGCGAUUGUUGAUCGUGCCUCUCCCUGGCUCAGAGCGGCCCUUACUGCUCAUGCGUGCCACGGCAAGUGCUGCUUCAGACAAGCACCUUGUGGUUUGAAUCUGCCCUUCGUGACAUGCUGGUCCUGAUAAUUCAUGUCAUUUCCCAACUUUGAAAAUUUUCCCUCGCAAAUGUCCCCCGCACCCCCUGCCAGUGCUCUGAGAGCCGGACCGCAGGCUUUGAAUAAACUCUAAGAAUUCAGAAAAUGAACAUUCGUGCCCUACUAUGAACUCUUCUGCAGUACCAAUUCAGUCUCUUAUUAAAGAACAUUGUGUUUUUGGCAUGCCUGAACCUUGUCAGAAUAUUUUAAGUUGGAAUCUUUUUUCCUAGUCAAAUUGGGUGUCAUUGUUGACUGGCUGGAAAAGGAGAGAAAAAAAAAAAAAAAGUGUCUUACUGUGAUUCAGUGCGGUGACCAGAGUUGGAAAAGAGCCCUGUGUCUCAGGAAGUUAAAAAUGAACAGCGGUGUCCAAAUCUAAGCCCGAGCUUUCUUUAUCCUUUUCAUUGGAGUUCUAUUUCAGUAAGCAGGGCUUCGAUACCAUAAAAAUGUCAACGUGAUGAAGCAAAUGUCACCAUUUAAAGAGAUUAUUUUCCACUCGUCUCCCACCGCACCCCCCCCCCCACCCCCCGAGAGAGAAAAGGACCAAACAUCCCCAGGAAUGACCCUCCCACCCCGCUGCAGAACCCGCCACAGGCGGCAGGACAUUCAAAACGUGUUCUGGAGUGAGUGAGCCAGGAUGAGAACUGGGUGUAAUAAACAUGUGUGAAACUGCAUAAAAGGUCUUAGGCGGGGUCCAGUACAGACCUGAGCCGCCUUAUCUGAAUGCGUGGAGGCAUAAUUCACCUCUCAUAGUUGAGGGAAAAGGGAAGCGGCCCCUUGUGUGUUUAGCCGGCUAUUGAAGAUUUAUUUGAUUCCAAAGACCUGCUAUAGGGUUGGGGGUAGGAGUGUAGAAUGGCCUCAUCUCUCAGGUGACUCUCAGCUCGCCUGACUCGGCAGUGAGGGAAUGGUUUGAUUCUGGAAGAGGGAACCCGUAAUUGCUGACUACCUUGGUAUGUUAGGCACUUACAUACAUGAGCAUAGCCAGCACCCUCCCUUCCCCGCGCCCCCACCCCCACCCCUGCCCUGGGAGCUACUGAACAGGAGACAGAACUAUCUCCGGGAGAAGUUGGGUGUCCUGCAAGGUUACACAACCCGUAUGAGGUAAAGGCUGGAUUCAAGCCCCAUCUACCAAAUCCCACGUUCUUUCCCCGUAAACCUCACUGCCACGGGGAUGGCAAUGGACGGGAUUUUUUUUUUUUUUUUUUUUGUCUUCCAAUUGGUAUUUGCUUUUAAAACAGAAGCUUCGUUCUUAAAACUAAUCUGGGCGCAAGGUAUCAUGUUUGAAAGUAUCGAGACAGGGAGACAAAACAAAAGUUGCAGGCGAGAAUGGGAGUUUUGAUCGGGUCUGGGCCAUCUCUACGAUUCUGGUGUAUCUACUGGCUUCCCUAAGUGUGUGUCGUUGGUUCAGUGACCAGACUUGGCGGACUUCUCCAGGAGUAGGGGCAAGGGAGUUGAAGUGUCAUUUCUAUUCACUUGGAGGAGCUGCAGACUUCUUAAUGCAUACCUUUUCUCUUUGACUUAACCACCAGUGAAAGACCGAUCAGUUUGGGGCGGGCAACCAAGACCAAAGGAAGACCCUUUCCUCCAGCACCAUGAACCCCCAACUUCCAGAAUCACGAACAGUUCUCGAGUAAGAAUAACAAUUACAACAGCUAGUGAUGAGGUUUGUUUUUGUUUUUGUUUUUUUUUUUUUUUUUGGAGUGAAAGUGGGGUUCUGGAGCCAAAGACCAAGGAAGAAUUCUUGAAGACGUCUUUGGUGCAAAAGAAGGUGAUUUUACUGAAGCACGGGGACGGGACCCGUGGGCAGGAAGAGCUGCCCCAGGGACCACGAGGAGAGACUGGGUAUAUACUAUGGGGUUGGGGGGAGGUAAAGUCCAGGGGAAGUUUCCAGUGAGAUUUUCAUAUAUUAAAGAAGACUCCCAGGAUACUGGAGGCCUGGCUACUGCCAGGCUAAGGUUGUUUUUCUUUCCAGCAAAGCAUUAAGACAGUAAGGAGUUCCUGGACGUUUUACUCUGCCAGCCUCAAGUGUCAAUAGGCGGCCGGUUAUAAGGAAAGUUAGUUCUAUCCGCCAUUUCCUUCUGCCUUCGUUUCCCACAUCACUGUGGAGGGGUGAUGGAGACUGAGGUCCUGCGGGACUAUGAUCUCUAUCAGUUAACCAUUUGUUUUUCCCCUUUCCUUCAUUCUUGGUCAGCCAGGAGUGCCCAAGGAAUAGCACACAUCCCACCUGGUUGGGGGUGGGAGUGGGGGGGGGUGCGGCCCCUCAGCUUGCCUAACGCUCCCCCAUCAACUAGCAUGGAUGGCGUGCCUACCAGAUGCCAGGCAUCCCGCUUGCUAUAGGCGUUUCCUCUUUUCAACCUCCCACAACGCCACGAGGUAGGUACUGUUCGUGUGGCUAAUGUUCGGAAAGGUUAACCAGUCUGCAAAGCCAGGCAGGAUUCCAACCCAGGCACACAGACGCCCAGGUCCUGUUUGACCUCACCCCCCUUUUAAGUUUCCAACCAAUCAAAGAGGAAUUGCAUUAAAGUUUCACCAAGAAGUGAUACUGCGGGGAGCCUGGGUGGCUCAAUCGGUUAAGCGUCCAACUUUGACUCAGGUCAUGAUCGCACAGCCUGUGAGUUCGAGCCCCACGUCGGGCUCUGUGCGGACAGCUUGAGCCUGGAACCUGCUUCGGAUUCUGUGUCUCCCUCUCUCUCUCUGCCCCUCCCCCGCUCGUGCUCUGUCUCUCUCUCUCUCAAAAAAUAAACAUUAAAAAUUAAAAAGAAAUGAUACUGAAAGAAUACCAUUUUACAAAUCCAUUGACAAAUCAUUGCCCUUUAUUGUCUCUGACAAGGAUGUCUUUAACAAUGCUGUGAUAGCUAUUUUUGGGUGUAGUUACGUCAUCUCCUAAAUUGAGAAAGCCAAGGAGAAACCCGACCAACCAAAUCACAUGGGUGUCAAGAAAGGAUAUCUAGUUAGCUAGACGGAUGGAUGGGCAGAUGGGUGGGUGUAUGGAUGGACAAAUGGGUGAAUGGAUAAGCAGGUAGGCAGGCAGACAGACUGACAGAUUUGCAUACAUAUUGUAUACAUCUAUACAUCUGAUAUAUUUUUUUAGAUUCAAAGAAACUCUCACCCAGGAGAAAGGGUUUUAUUUCUUCCUAUAGAACUAUAAUUGAACAUGUUCUAUAUAGAGAUCGUACAAAUCAAGCCUCCCCUCACGCAUCUCAUUCUUGAGACUGCAGUCUUUGUAAUCUCCUCCAAAUAAUCAUGAAAUCCAGGGCGCCUGGUAGGCUCAGUUGGUUAGGUGUUUCUUGAUUUCGGCUAAGGGCCUGAUCUCACAGUUAGUGAGUUUGAGUCCUGUGUCAGGCUCUGCACGGCCACCAUGGAGCCCGCUUGGGGUUCUCUCUGUCCAUCUCCCGCUUGCGCGUGGGUGCACAGAAACUCUCUCUCCCUCAAAUAAACAAACUUAAAAAAAUGGUCCUGGGGCACCUGGGUGGCUCAGUUAAGCAUCCGAUUUCCGUUCAGGUCAUGACCUCACGGUUUAUGAGUUCAAGUCCCGUGCAUCGGGCUCUGUGCUGACAGUGUGGAGCCUGCUUGGGACUCUCUCUUUCCCCUCUCCCUGCCCCUCCCCCUCUCUUUUUCUCUCUGUCUUAAUAAAA